AUGUCGGCGUCCGCGAAGCCCCCAGCCCUGGUGGAGCUGGACCCGGGCCCUGGCGAGAAGCCUGGGGGACGGCCGCUUCUGGCCUGGGCCCCUGUGUUCAGCCACCGGAGUGAGAAGAUCGCAUUCGGCCAGAGUGAUGGCAGCCCCGAGGAGCAGGUGCUCACGGUCACCGUCACAGAGACUACCGUCAUCGAGGCAGACCUGGGCGUGUGGGGCGCCCGCGCCCUGACCUACCUCACGCUCUGGUUCUUCUUUAGCUUCUGCACCCUGUUUCUCAACAAGUACAUCCUGUCCCUGCUGGAAGGGGAACCCAGCAUGCUAGGGGCUGUGCAGAUGCUUUCAACCACGCUUAUUGGCUGUGUUAAAAUAUUUGUUCCCUGCUGUUUGUAUCAGCACAAAACUCGGCUUUCUUACCCACCCAAUUUCAUCAUGACCAUGCUGUUCGUAGGUCUGAUGAGGUUUGCUACAGUGGUGUUGGGUCUAGUCAGCCUGAAAAAUGUGGCCGUGUCCUUUGCUGAGACCGUGAAGAGCUCGGCUCCCAUCUUCACUGUGAUCCUGUCACGGACGGUCCUGGGGGAGCACACUGGGCUACUGGUCAACCUUUCCCUCAUCCCGGUCAUGGGUGGCCUGGCACUGUGCACGGCCACUGAGAUGAGCUUCAACUUCCUGGGGUUCUCAGCUGCCUUGUCUACCAACAUCAUGGACUGUUUGCAGAACGUUUUCUCCAAAAAACUCCUCAGUGGGGACAAAUAUAGAUUCUCGGCUGCGGAGCUGCAGUUCUACACUAGCACAGCGGCCGUGGCUAUGCUCGUCCCAGCCUGGAUCUUCUUCAUGGACCUGCCAGUGAUUGGGAGGAGCGGGAGGAGCUUCCGCUACAGCCAGGAUGUGGUGCUGCUGCUGCUGGCGGAUGGCGUGCUGUUCCACCUGCAGAGCGUCACGGCCUACGCGCUCAUGGGGAGGAUCUCCCCUGUGACCUUCAGCGUUGCCAGCACCGUAAAGCACGCCCUGUCCAUCUGGCUCAGCGUCAUCGUUUUCGGUAACAAAGUCACCAGCCUGUCGGCUGUGGGCACUGUGCUGGUCACAGCUGGCGUCCUGCUCUACAAUAAGGCCAAGCAACAGCAGCGCGAGGCCAUGCAGAGCCUGGCCUCGGCCACCACCCAGCCCCCGGAUGGCAGCUCCGAGCCGCUGCUCCCCCAGGAUCCCCGGCCACACCACUGA